GGUGCAUUGUGGUCCGGGGGGGCAGUCCGUCCGCCAUCUUGCGCGUGAGGCCUUGCCGUUGGUUGCGCGGAUGCGGGAGCCGCGCUGAGGCGAUGGGCCGCUCCCGGUCGCGGAGCUCGUCGCACUCCAAGCGGGUGAAGGGCUCCAAGCACAACAAGAAGAACCGGAGCCGCUCCCGGUCCCGCUCGCGGGAGAAAGAGCGGGCCAGGAAGCGCUCCAAGUCGCGGGAGAGCAAGCGGAGCCGGCGAAGGGAGUCCCGCUCGCGGUCGCGCUCCAACACCGCCCCGUCCUCCCGCCGGGAGCGCGAGAGGGAGCGCGAGAGGGAGCGGGAGCGCGCCUCCUCCCCGCCCGACCGCAUCGACAUCUUCGGCCGCACCGUCAGCAAGCGCAGCAGCCUGGACGAGAAGCAGAAGCGCGAGGAGGAGGAGAAGAAGGCCGAGUUCGAGCGGCAGAGGAAAAUCCGACAGCAAGAAAUAGAAGAGAAGCUUAUUGAAGAAGAGACAGCCAGAAGAGUGGAGGAGCUUGUAGCAAAGCGAGUGGAAGAAGAACUGGAGAAACGGAAAGAUGAGAUUGAGCGGGAAGUUCUCCGCAGGGUGGAGGAAGCUAAGCGCAUCAUGGAAAAACAGUUGCUCGAAGAACUCGAGCGACAGCGCCAAGCUGAACUAGCAGCACAAAAGGCCAGAGAGGAGGAAGAGCGUGCAAAGCGUGAGGAGCUAGAACGAAUCCUAGAAGAGAAUAAUCGAAAAAUUGCAGAAGCACAAGCUAAAUUGGCUGAAGAACAAUUGAAAAUUGUUGAAGAGCAAAGAAAAAUCCAUGAGGAAAGGAUGAAACUAGAACAAGAAAGACAACGUCAGCAAAAGGAAGAGCAAAAAAUGAUCCUAGGCAAGGGAAAAUCUAGGCCCAAACUAUCAUUCUCAUUAAAGAGUCAGGAUUAAAUUUCACCUCUGAACUCUCAUGGAAAAUGAAACAAACUCUGUAUAGUAGCUUCAUGUUGAAGUGUUUUUUUUAUUUUCUUUUGUGAUUUUCUUUCUUUUUGGACAUCUGAAAAGUUAGCUUGUUCUAAUAGGGGCUGUGCUCUGCAUCUCUUAUUUUAACUUCAGUUGAGUUAAAUCCUUAUCAGAUCAUUGACUUCCUAAAUAAUCUAUUCUCAUCUGUUUUGGUUUUCUGAUAAAGUGGCUUGAUGUAGAUCAGGUCACUUUAUAAAUUAUGUAUGGUCUGAUAAGGUUUUUACUGACCCUCUGAUCUCAGAGUUAUACUCUGAUGUUAACUAUUAAUGCUGGUUUUGCUGAAUUUUUAAAAUUUUGGCAAAAGUUUUGGUAAAUUCCCACAGUGUACUGGAUCUUCAGUGGUUUGUUAUAUCGGUGUCUAAUGAUACUAUCCCACUAUUGUGCUUGAUGUUCCUGAUACAGGUAAGGAAAAAGUUGGUCAGUGUUUCUGAAGAUGUGUAAAGGGAGUUCAGUAUUGUCUCUGCUAGAAUUGUUUUUAUUCCACUGAUAAAACUCAACCAGCAUUCCCAAUUGUGUAAAUAAAUCAAUUUGCCGAAUAAAGUGAAGUCUUAAAUUCA